CCUUAUCCAACUUAUCCAUUUGGCCACUUUUUUUUUUUUCUUUUUUUUUGGCGCGUCGGCUGCUAUUAAUUUUUUCUCCCCUGCGAUAUUUGCUCGGGUAGUCAGUUACCUUGUGUAUCGACAUGUUACUGACCUGAGAGUAGAUAUUUGUUCCCUAUUACUGAACCACCAUCGGCAGGUUCCUGCAUACAACUGUAAGAGCACCAAAAAUACAAUCCUUCGGCUGGGGCGAGGUCCCAUCGGUGCACAUCACUGGCGCAUGUUCAGAAACAUGUUCUUUCCUUUGUCUUUGUCUUUUCUCCUUCAGGGAAAAGAUAUGCAAUCAACAUUGGGUGCAUCUGCAAUGUCUUCGUUAAUUAUUUCGAUUUAUCAAAAGGGAUUGUGCACAAAGAAAAAAAAAGUGGAUUGGAUGGAUGGGUUAUGCGUGGCGCGUGAGAAGGGUCGGCUGCACUUUGUUUAUUUAUUUAUCGGAUGACUAACUAAC